GCGAAUGUUCACAUUAUUACCAGACAAUUUCCCACUUCCAAACCAUCAGAAUUGAAUACGGGUGCGCGUUUAGCACAAAGUCUUCAAUACAACAUCGCCUCGAAUAAGACCCCUGAGACUCGACAUUGUCACAUCCUCGACCUUUUUUCAUUGUCUCCGCAAACAACAUUGACAGCGCGACUCUCUCCCUCGCCCUGCUCAUCAAAGGCGAAUCACGUAUUGUCGUCCCUACGACCCUCUCCAUCACUCUUCACAUUCACCACAAUGUCAUCGAUCGCUCUAGAGACGCCGUUGGCCGAAGCGCUGAGUAGCGCAGUACACUCGAAGAUUGUUGACGAAGGAUGGACACAGGAAGACGAUACGUCACUGGCAGAGUAUAUCGUGUUAAUGCUCGCAAAUGGCAAGACGCAAGAUCAGAUCGCCUCUGAGCUUGCGGGCGAAUUAUUACAGGACGCAAAAGGCACCACCGAAUUUGCGCAGUGGUUAUUCGACCAGGUCAACGCGCUCUCUAACGGUGCUUCUGGCUCAGUUCCAACAGAGACUUCACAAUCCUCGGAGCAAAUAGCUGAGCCUGCAACGACAGGUUCAUCUGCGGAAAAUGGAGCGUCUGCAAUUCCUGCCGCAUAUGAUCAAGACAUGGCCGACAACGCCCCAGAAAAUGCACCUCGCGGGCCUAAAGGCCUCCAUGGCGGCCGGCCAGCUGGCAGAGGUGGACGUGGCGGCCCUGGUAAUAAGGGUGGCGAUUCAGUGCUGCAUCGAACCCGAGGCAACGACCGGAUCAAUACACACUCGAUGCGAGGGGCACCGAAGGGCCCUCGGAAUAUCCAAAACCGCGACCUUCGCCCGGGUAUGCAGAAGGCUUUGAACGGAAUGAAUAUGUCAGGUCAAGGCAUGCAGAAUCCAAUGAUGAUGAAUAAUGGCCAACCAGGCCAGCCAAUGAUGCAUAUGACACCUCAACAACAAAUGGAGUUUAUGGCUAUGAUGGAACAGCAAACCCGUAUGCUGGCUCAAUUUACAGGCAUGAUGCCCGGUACGGGGUUUGGUCAAGGGAUGAAUCAACAAAAUGGCCAGGGUCGUUCGCUUUUUGAUAGAGUCGAAUCGGGCCGUGGGAGGGGUGGUGCCCGCGGCAGAGGACGUGGCGGCCACCAAAAUGGGCAUAUCAAGACCAGCAAGCCUGAUGGUGAUGUCAGCAUGGAAGGUGAUGCCCAAAGUGCCGCUGCUGAUGGCUCAACAACAGAGGCCGAGUCACAAGCGGACGGAGAGAAAAAACCACAAGACCCAUCAAACACCAUGUGUCAUUUCAACCUUCGCUGCACCAACAAAGAUUGCGCUUAUGCUCAUCAGUCGCCUGCCGCUCCAGAGUCCACGGUGGUUGACAUGUCUGACAUCUGCUCGUUCGGCGCGGCGUGUAAGAACUCGAAAUGUGUGGCCAAACACCCAUCACCCGCUCAGCGAGGAGCAUUCCAGGCGCAGGAAACAUGCAAAUUCUUCCCAAAUUGCACGAAGCCGAAUUGUCCAUUCAAACAUCCCACCAUGCCUCUGUGCCGGUUCGGAUCGAACUGCAAGACACCCAACUGCCAAUUCACACAUCUACAAGUACCCUGCCGAUUCAACCCGUGCACGAAUCUACGGUGUCCAUAUAAGCAUGAACCCGGUCAACAGAAGGCCACCAGCUUGGCGGAUUAUAGCUGGACUCCAGACAAGCCGGGUCCAUCAGAUGCCUCCAAGGAGCAUGUGAGCGACAGGAAGUUCGUGGACGACCAAGCGGGAGAGGAGGAACUUGUUAGACCUGAUGGAGGCGGCAUUGAAGAGGCAAAUGGCAACGGUGGUAUGAGGGAGGAGGUGAUCACUUAGGGAGGAUUCCCCAGCCCAUGGUUGGACCAUUUGGUUGACCGGAGUUUAAUCAACUGAUGAAUUGUUCAUCAGGAAAGCUGUACAGUAUGGCAGGGUUGUUAUAACCCAUCUUAGGAGCUGUGCUCAUAUACUGAGACACGGCCUGUUCAUGUAAUGGACUGUCCAUGAUAUCGGACAGGGUAUUGAAUGCAAACAUGAUGUGCUUGGUUCUUGCACGAGAA